AUGGCUCAACGUCACUUCUGGGAUCCAACGGAGGCCGCAUCUAGCCGGAUCAUCGUCGUUGAUGAAUUCUCCACUGAUGCCCAACAAAAGAAGAAGGAAGCAGCGGUCUGGCACGCCUGGGAGCACAUCCCGCGGCCUUACUUCCCCGAUCACGCCCCUGUUGGUACUGAUCACUACGCUAUCGAGCGUGAGGCGUACCGCGGCCCACAGGCCAAAACAACCGAGCACAUCCCCGAUGUUAUCGUCGUGAGGGUCCGCCAUCCUCCUCCACCGGCCCAGCCAACCCCUGGACAACGCCCUCAGCGCUCACAGGAGCGGGAUGUUCUCUGGAUCGAGUGCAAGGCACCAGUUGAAAUGGCGCCCCACGGAUGGCACACGGUGUUAGGCGAAGCGACAGAUCGCCUCGCCUCGGCACAUACAAACCGCGAGGUCUUCUUAAUCCUGGCCAUUGGCAUGAAGUGGAUGUGCUUUGUUUGGAAUCCCGCCGCACCGCUUCCCCAAAAUCAGAGGUUGAGACUCCGUAUGGCCAACAACGCAGGCUUCUGGGACGAUAUCGACACCCGGAUCCAGCCAAUCCCAGCCGCUGCUCUACCAGGCCAGCGCCAUAUCGUCAAUAACGUGAUCGAGACCAAUUUGGCGUAUACCCUGAACUACUGGGACGUCAACCCGACCACCAAUUUGCAGGCUCACCUGGGCGACUUGACUCUCCUCGAGAACCUCUUCGCCAUCAUCCAGAACCAUCAGUACGUCGGAUGGAACCCGGCCCACUUUUGA